CGAGAGCAGUGCAACACACCCACAAUGGACUCGAUCGGGCAGCUCUCGUCGUCGCUCCCGCCCGACUUUGAGUCGAAGCAGCUCCAAGCCUCGUUCCGCCAGGCGGCACUGUCCAUCACCGACCUCUUCAAGCAGGGCAAGCGCGCUUCAGCCAAAGCCUACAUCUCCGGGCAGCGCCAGGCCUUGCACGAGGUCCUCGAGUACCUCCAGGCCUUGCUCGACCAACCCGCAGCGAGCACUUCGUCUGCCGCCGCUCCCCUCGCCGGCACGGGCCCGGUCGACGUCGGUCGCCUCAUCAACUUCAUCUGCGCCCGCCAAGAAGCGCUCAAGGCCGAGGAGGAGAGCCACGACGACGACGACGCGGCCGCACCUCCUGCGCCCGCCGCUCCUCCCGUCCGCCGCGCCGCAUCCGCCGCACCCGCUCCCGCCUCGCCCCUCCGCCCGAGCGUCAGCUUCCAGCGCACGGCGAGCAGCGGCGGCCUUCCCCCUCGGCCCGCCUCGGCCGCAGCGAGCACCUCGGCGCGGCACCACCACCACCACUCGCACGACCACGCCACGUCGUCGGCGCCCGCCUCGCCGCCCUCGUCGGCCUUCUCGCCCCCUUACGCCCGCUCCACCUCGUCCCACUUUGCGUCGACCUCGCACCUGCACUCGUCCGCCCCCUCGACCUCGACCCCCCGCUUCCCCGCGACGAGCACCGCAGGCCCGACCUCGUCGACGCCCGCCUCGACCUCGGCCAACCUCACUUUCACCGCCCCGCCGUCACCCUCACCGCUCAUGCCCCACUCGCACGCCCCGCCGACAUUUGUCACUGGCCCGGCCUCGCCGCUCAGUCGUGCGCCGGGCCGCUCGUUGCGCCCUCGACCGGGCGCGAGGGACCGUGCGGCGGGCAAGGCGGCGACCGGUGCGGCGGGUGCGGCCGCAGGUGACGACAUGGGCGAGGAGUACGAGGUCGAGCUCGGCAUGAAGAGGCGGUGGCCGGGCGGGUCGGCGGCGGGAGGAGGAGGAGGAGGGCCAGGACCGGGUUCGGCGGCAGGCGGCGCAGACGUCGUCGAGCUGGCGCCGCCCGGCGACGGCAUGGAGCAGGGGAUGGACGUCGAGGGCAUGGGCAUGGACGGGUGGGACGGGAUCGGCGAGAGGCCGUUCAAGCGCGUUACGAGGAGGGCGCCGUCGGCGGCGGAUGGUGCGGCGGGCGGGGCAGGAGACGCCGGCGCCGGUGAGACGCACCGGUGA